AUGGCCUCAUUUUGUACCUCCUCUGCACCUUCAACCCUCCACCACAACCCAGAGAUCAACUCCUCCGAAUACCCAAAUCAGCUGUUGCUAAAUAGUAGCACAUUGCUACCUGACAAACCUUCAGGCUUGGGAAUGUCCUGUUUCACCAUGACCUUUGGCGCCAUCUCCAACCUCACUGGUCUGGGCAUCCUGGCCAAAUCCCGUGUUAGAUUUCGCCGCCAAGCCAAAGCGCCAUUUCUGCUUUUGGCAGGCACAUUGCUACUGGCUGACCUUGGAGGUCACGUGAUCCCAGGUGCCUUUGCCAUGUAUAUGCACAUGGAUCAUAGUCAGAGGCACAAGAAAACAAUGCAGGCCAUACAGCCUGCCAAACAAUUCUGCCAGAUCUUUGGGGCAAGCAUGGUGUUCUUUGGCUUGUGCCCUCUGUUGCUCGGCUGUGCCAUGGCAGUGGAGCGCUGUAUGGGCAUCACCCAGCCUCUGCUCCACGCUGCCAUAAUCACAGUGACUCAUGUCCGGCGAGUUGUGCUGCUUCUGUCCUCUCUCGCACUUGUUCUAGCAAUGUUGCCUUUGUUCACCAUUGGUUCUUACACCCUCCAGUUUCCUGGCACCUGGUGUUUCUUGCCCAUCCAUGGCCCACGGUCUGCUGCUGACACCAACCUGGCUUUGGCCUUUUCAUGCCUGGGCCUCACAGCACUCACACUCUCCCUGCUGUGUAACAUCCUUAGUGGCCUGGUAUUGCUGCAGGCCAGGGUGAGCUCCAAGAGCGUUAAACAAAAGUCUGCAGCUCGUUGCAAAACUCAUGCAUCCUCUUCAUCCUCGUCCUCCUCUUUUUGCUCACUGGAGGUGGAGAUGAUGGCACAGCUGGCAGUGAUUACUGUGGUGUCCUGUGUGUGCUGGAGUCCCUUUCUUAUCCACAUCCUGGUGUCAGUGAUGCAGAUCCACCAGAGCUCCGGUGCAUCAGAACAUCAGCCAGAGAGGUUAAUUCUACUGGGUCUGCGAAUGGCCUCCUGGAAUCAGAUCCUGGAUCCCUGGGUUUACAUCUUACUAAGGAGGGCAGUGCUGUACAGAGUUUGUUGUGCCCUCCACGCUGAGAGAUCCAUUACCACAGGAAACAGCUCCUACACAGACUUACGCAGGCAUCCCCUCAGUCUGCACUAA